AUUGACUUCCGGGGGCAUUUGGUGCGACUUCAUAAGUUCAUUCAUUUUAUUCUCUAUGUUUAUCGACAUAUCAACACUUGUGACACACUUCGUAUGAGUUUAAAGGUUUUACUUGCAGAUUGACCUUCACAAUGAGUGGCAGAAAAGUUGUAGAUUUCAAGUACCAGUUUUACAGUAAGAACUUGACCUCUACGCUGACGAUUCCUGUUACCAUUCCCUUUGCCCAGUCCAUAUCGGACCAUGUGGGCAGACUUAUCAAUGCACACAAUCUGCCAUGCUAUGUAGAGGAAGAUUUAAAGACAAAGCUUGAGGAAUUUGUCACAGACCAAACCAUCAACAUGUAUGAUGAAAAUUCUGUGAAAGGCCUGCAGAGGCUGAAAAAUGGGGAUAUUAAUAUAGAUGAUGUUGUUAGCAAAUGGCAUAAAGCCUUCACUGAGGAGGUCAAAGGUUAUGCCAAACCAGAGGCUGUAACAGAGGAACAAGUGUUUUCAGAGGUGUACCAUAGUUUGAUCCACUCCCCAGCCCUAGAUACACUGCUCAAUUUGGAGCACACAUAUGCCCUCACCAUUGAAGACCUUAUACAACAGAGAGAUAAAGACUUAGAUUACCUUGAUGAGAGACAAAAUGAAGAGAUGGAGAAUGCUAUGAAUAAUGAUAGGACCAAAUACACAGAUGCUCAGAUAAAUCAACUGGCUCAGAGACACAUAGAUAACUCUCAGCUGAUCAGUGGAAAAUGGAGUAGUGAAUUGACCAAUCUAAGAGAUACACAGAAAAGAGAGUUUAGAGAAUGGGUGCUCAAAGUUCAUGAAGAUACUCAGUCCCCUUCCAAGUCAACAUCUUAUCUAAAUAGGGUGAGAGCACUCAGCAGCAGUUUACCUGAAGCAGAAGAGAAUGAGAGGGGAGCCAACAUUGUCAGAAUGGAGGAAAGCUUCACUAUACACCUAGGUGCACAGAUGAAGACAACACACAAUCUGCGAUUACUUUGUACAGAUGUACUAGAUCUAUGUCGACACAAAACACACACAGUCGGAGGAAUGGUCAUUCCACAACCACAAAGACUACAGACAGCCAUGUCACUGUAUUCUAAUGACCUUUGUGCUCUGAUCAUGAUGGUUGACAACCGACUCGACUCAUAUUCAGGGCUCAAAAGAGAAUUUUCCAGGGUUUGUGAACAGUCGACAGAUUUCCACUUCCCAGAUCUUGAACAGCAGUUUGCAAUCAUCGAGCAGGAACUUGCACUGGCCAAUGAAUAUCGCCAACAAAACAAGCUUUCAGAGGAUGCAGAUAAAGUCAGCAUUAAGAGCAGUUGUAGUACAGCCAGUGAGGAGAAAAAAAGUUGCUUGAGAGCAGGAGACUUCUACUUGACAAAACAUUCCAAUCUUUCUGAGGUGCAUGUUGUGUUUCACCUAGUUGCAGAUGACGUGAUAAAAUCUCCAGAUAUCUCUUCUCGUCAGGCAGUCAUUCUUAGCAUCAGAAACAUAAUCAAACUGUGCUUUCGUUACGACAUCAAUACCCUCACCAUUCCACUUCUUCUUUUCAAUGAAAUGACAGAGGAGAUGACAAUACCAUGGUGUCAGAAGAGAGUGGAGCUGAUGUUUAAGUGUGUGAAGGGUUUUAUGAUGGAAAUGGCAGCUUAUGGGGGGUACAAGUCACGCACCAUUCAGUUCCUGGUACCUCCAGGAAUAUCAGAGGACAUGUUUUCUGGCAUCAGCUCCAUGUUGACCACAAUAUUCCGACUCUCCAAUCCUGUUGUAGUGAAGUCAAGCUAGCAAUACCAAUGUGUGUGAAAGACAGACUCUAGUGAAAUGCUGAUUGGACAUUGCAUUGUAUUCCACUUCCUGUCAUUGAAACAGUGUUACAGUUUGGAUUAACAUUUAACUUCAGUGUCAUUGCAUGUGCACGAGAUUCUACGGAAGCCAAUAGGUGCCAGGGUAUAGAAUUAAUAUUCAUUUAACUGGCAGCCACCACUUAAUUUAACAAUCGGCUACCACUCAAUACCUGGUGGUCACCAUAUAAAUUAACUGGUGGCCACCACUUAAUUUAUAUGGCAACCACCAGUCUCUGUCUUUCUCUUCCAAAAUGAAAGGGGUGCAACCCCUGUAAUCUCCCUCUCCAAUGCUUAGUAAUAUGUACGUUAUACAGUUAAGAGCAUUAUUGUUUGUCGAUUGUGUUGUUAAUUUACAAAGUUAUGUAAAUGUUCAUGAUAUCAACUGUCAACAGAUUUGCGUAUGAGAAAAUCUUAAUGUGUACUUCAUAUACAUUUGUACCAACAUAUCAGGCAAAUAAAACUAGGGGCUACCCCUUCACUUUUUUGACAACGUUCAUUUUCCGUUAUUUUCACCUGCAAAAUAAUAUAUCUUGGCGUAUUGGCCCCCACCCCACUCUUUUGGUGGUAGUAAUGAAUGGUAAAAAUGUAAUAAUGAAUGAACUGGUGAAUUGAAGGACGAAUGGAGCCCCCUCCCUCCAAAGUAGGAGUAUGAGGUUUGGGCAAAAGAAAAUUUUUAGAUUCCUUUUCUGCUUGUCAACAAUUUCAGAAGACAAUUAAUUUCCCCUCCAACUGUCCGAACACGAUGCUAUGUGUCUGCAUACUAUUCCAAAUCUUUAAAAAAUAAUCACUCAGCAGUACGAAGUCAAUUGUUUUUUAAAUUGGCAGCCGCCAUGUGGUGGCUGCCAGAUCAAUUAAGUGGUGGCCAACAGUUAAAUAAUUGGCAGCUGCCAGUUAAAUUAAGUGGUAAAGUAACUGGUGGCCGCCACUUAACAUAUGUGGCGACCCCCAGAUAAUAAGUGGCGGCCCCCAGAUAAUAAGUGGCGGCCACCAGUUGAAUUAAGUUAGAUGAAUUUUAAAUUAUAUACCUUGGCACUUAUUGGCUUCCGUAAGGAUCAAAUGCAUAGAAUUUUAAAUCCACUGUAAAUAUAGCAGCUGAACUGCCCAUUCAUGUAAAAAUUAAACCAAAUUCUUAUC